ACCGUUUGCCCAAUACGUUGAAGGUGAUGAUGAAACUUGUCUUAACUCUUACGAUGUAUAAGACGUGAAAGUUUUUAGAAUUCACAAAUUUCUUUAAAAAAUCGCGUAUCUCGUAACCCUUCUUUCACUUUCUUGUAUCUUAAUUAUCAAAUAAAACAAGACCCUCAGGGCGAAUGAUUCAAGGUACUUCAAUCUCCACAGUUCUUCCCACGCCAGCGGAUUGCCAUUUGAGUGUGAAAGCCAAAGGACACAGACUUUGAGGCUACCGACUUCCGAGUGGCUCAGGUCAAGGAGAGGUGGAAAACAUGUCCCAAAAUACCGCAGGGAGAGUAAAUCAAGGGAUUUUAGAGCUUCAAGAUCUCUGUAGCGAGGUUGAUUAAGUUUACUUUGGUCGACGUAAUUGGGUAGAAUUUGUAAACGUUAUGUUUGUCUGAUAAUUCUUUCCAGUGUGGCAGGUUUCAAUUUCACACAUCAAUACAAACUCAGACUUUGUUCUUCUAUAUCCAAUCACGAAAUUAAUCUUUACCUACAAACGCGUGGUAUGACCGAAGAGGAUAUGUUAUUUUCAAGAUGAAUUAUUGUUGACUGUAUGGUGCCCAUCGCAUUGAAGACUUUUAAACUUAAAACGUGACAAUAUAAACGCGGACUCUUCGAGACAUCCACACAAAAGCGGAAGUUAGAAAUAACUUAUCGCGGUAAACUCUUAACAGCUGAUAUGAACGUAGAACAAAGUCGCUUUCCCAUAAACACCGAUGUUGAAGACGAUUUUGAAAUUUUUGGCAUAGAUCUUAAAUUGUUUUACAAUAUUUGAUCUAUGUUUACUUUUGGAAACUGUUACGUAUCUACAAGUUUCUAAUGGGCAUUUCGCCCUUUCAAGAGCCAACUCAAACAACGAAACAUACAUAAACUUCCUGCAAAAGAUGUAUUUUAUUCUAAAUAUAUUGAAAGUAUGUUCUGCUCCGCUGAAUACUUCAACUGAUCGGGCGAGGCGAUAUAAAGGUGCGAAGAACUCGCAAAUAUUGUUUAAUCGUUUCGAGAAAUAUCGCUUUUCAGAUUUUCCGCACGUAUUGUUUUGACAUUCGAUGGACCGACAGGAUAAUUAUAGAUGCAAGAAUCGGUCGAUUCGUCAUGAAAGGCAUUUUCUUGGUUCAGUGGCGAUAAAAACAAAAGAUAAUUUGUUAUCUUUACAUAAAUUUUAAUUUUACAGAUCUAAUGACAAAUAACAAUAACUACCAUUUCCUUUGCAUUUCCCGAAAACAUGCUGAAUGAAGGUGACAAAUACGGCCACAAGCAAAAUAUCGCUGUUGGAACACACGCUCCAUUGCUUUCAGCAUCGCUUCACUGACGCUCAGCUUUCACUUCUACGCUGCUCUCCUGCGACAUGGAUCUGCAGUCUGCUCUUCCGUGCUCUUCAAUUUUCCACGAACUACAAACUGUUCACGACACAGGCUUUUUCUACUCGCUUCCAUCGCUUGAAGACGAUUGGGCACAGACAAGACUAGAAAUGGAUCGUUAUCUUUGCCCUGAACCAUCAUCUUUGGAUUGUAAAGACUCAAACUUAGGAAAUCCAGCUCCUUGGAACGAAUUUUUACUUCAACCUUUCGACGAGUCAAAUUUUCCAUUUGGCGACGACUGGGAUAUCAAACCCAUUGAUUUCACUUCAAUAGCUACCUUUCCCACAGUGCCUACGGUUCUUCCAGAAACUCCAACGGAAACCAAACCAUCUAUGGAGCUCCCAGUAAAACCUCUAAAGAUCAAAUUACCGACCCCAACGGGCUGCGAAGAGAUUAGCAAAAUUCCUAAGCCUGUUUUACCGCUAACUCCACCGAGCUCACCGGAGUCUCCUGUAGUUGUGUUUAGUAGCCCGAACCAGCAGAGAACAGGCAGGCCGAGUUCGCGCUCCCCUCGCGCGAGGGGAGGAAAUGGAGGUGCUAGAGCAAACAGCCCUAAAGACAAAGACUCGGAGAGCAAACGGCGAGUGCAUCGGUGUCAAUUUAGUGGUUGCCGUAAAGUUUACACGAAGAGCUCGCAUCUGAAAGCUCAUCAACGUACUCAUACGGGAGAAAAGCCAUACCGUUGUUCUUGGGAUGGAUGCAACUGGCGUUUCGCUCGCUCGGAUGAACUUACUCGCCAUUACAGAAAACAUACUGGAGCCAAACCGUUCAAAUGUGUUCAUUGUGAUCGGUGCUUUUCACGAUCGGACCAUCUAGCUCUACACAUGAAGAGACACGCAUAGGGAAGAUAGGUAGCAAAUAAUUCUAGGAAAAAUGAAUUUUGCAAUUUGGAAUUCAUCGCUCUCGGGUUUUCAUUCAAACGAAUUUGAAUUGCCAUCAAUAAUUCAGAAGCAAAACCCCAGGUGUGCGAAGUAGGUACCGCAAGUUGGUACGAGAUAUUCACGGAAACAUGUGAAUUCUUUGCAAUUCUUACGUAAAGGGGCGAUGGGGAAGCGAGUUGGGUUAAAUUUUACGGCGAAAGUUAUCUAGAGGAUUAGUAUCAUGGAACAAGUUCACUUAUUUCGGCGCCAAAAGAAGCUGAUAGAACAUGUAUUAGCAUAAAAUCCUGCGGAAAUGAAGCAGUGAAUAGAGGCAACUCCAAUGAGAGUAUUAUUCAAUUCAGGGACAGACCAUGUAUUAUUCUCAAAAUGAAAUUCAACACAGGAACUUCACAAAAUACCUCGCUUCAAGAGAAAAUAAAAACAUUAGAAAAUAUUCGUUCGUACAAAUAAGAAUAAGCCUCGGGGUAUGUAAUACCGAUGUAAACAAAAUUAGUCAUUCGUUCAUGUUGUACUAUGCAGGCUUAAUUCAAGUUAAAAACAUCAAAAGAAAAAGGAAAAAAAACUAAUAAGAACUUAAACGGACAAAGUCUAUGAUGUAAAUAUAUAAUUUUGGCAUCUCUGUAUCACGAAGACAGAAGAAAUUAGUGUACAGAUAUAUUAAAUUGAAAGGAAACGUUCUUGA